CCCAAGUUAUACGGCCUUGAUCUGCAAGGGAAGCCAAACUUGGCAUCCCCGGCAAUCAGUGCAAUGUCUCGCGCAUCCAAGCUCACCCUGAUGGGUACGUCAUUCUUCGCCCUGGGGACGAUCAUUAUGGUUCAUUUCCAGCAAAGGUCUGAGAAGCAGGCCAUGCAUCAAGGUGUGCUGAGGGAUAUGGAACAACAGCGAGUCAAAAGAGAGCGGCAACUGGACUUCGAUUUGCAGCGCGCUCUGGAACAAGAAUACAAACGGGAACAAACCGUCCGGGAUUCAACAACUCCGGAAUCAUCGCAAAGCUCAACAAUAUCGUAAUCAUGCAGAAAGCGCGCUUCACUAUGCACUCGCGACAAUCUUUGCUAUUCACAGGCUACAACGACGAGAUCAUAGGUGGUAACAACCACUUCAGAUAACCCAAACACAGGGGAACCAUACAAAUCACAACUCAGAGAUAACUGCGCAGAACCGCGCAAGUGACGCAUUUCACCACAAAUUUCGGGGAUUUUGAUUAUGACAGGCUACCUUUGGCCCUCUUGGUAAAUGCGGAUUGAUGCGUCUGCCACGUAUCUGUACGCUUUCCCCCCUUUUCCGGACCCGGUCUGCAGCGAGAACUGCUGCUAUUACUGUACAAUUUCGGGCAUCAAACAAGCCUAACGUGCUAAUUGAGUUCACAACUGGCUUUGCAUGACCCCAAUCGUCUUGAGCGUCGAGUGGUGUCUGUUGCGGACGUUUGCCCCGCUAUACACCCGCGCUUUUAGCGGAUCGAAACGCCAGACCUGUCCGUGAACAUUCGGGCAGCAAUGUUCAUUGAUUGCAGUUCCUGGAAAAGGAGUUUGGCGGCAUACGGAAUAUGGAUUUGAGCGAUUUUCGUCUUGUUCUUGCAAGGGCGACACUCGAAGGAUUGCUUUGACAGGUUUCUGCAAGACUGUUUAG